UCUUUACCAAAGCCUUUUUUCAGGUAACUUGUAAAAAUAUUGAUAGAUUAUUCGUUCCAAAAACUGUACAUACAUUUGGUUUCUCGGAAUUAAAUCAGGUAACACCGCGGAUUUAAGUGUAACUCACCAAUAUACCCAUGUCGCGGAUUUAAAAUUUGUGGGUCAUAAAAUAGGCAGAUGGUUGAUCCGUAUUUGGCUUGCGUACCUGCACCUCUCUAUAUAAAGAGAAUUUUUUUCGCAGCAAAGGUUAGUCGAAAAGUUACGUUUCAACUGUAUAGUGCAUAUUACAGAAGAUGGAUUCUUUGCUGACUCAAUUGAAUAUGUGCAGUGAGCUGAUUGCUGAAGGAACGUGCAAUAUGGGCUGGCUGAACGAAUUCUGUGCCACUUUUCUGGACUUUGCCAGCGAACUCAAAGGGAAAUUGCCAGAGAUUUCCCCGCGAUGGCCGUUGGAAAGCGGUGAUAGCCUGGAAGUAGAGACCAUUUUCCUAUGCCUUACCCAGGUGGUAACCUGCAUCACCCACUUGGAAAGGGCCAUCAAUGUAGAAGCUUCCCAGAUGUCGCACCAUCAUUUUCUCGAUCGAAUGGAUUGGUGUCUUCGCCGGUUACUAGUCUCGUUGACGGAGCUUUCGCUACAUCAAGACGAGGCAAAAAAACUCGAGGAUCACUCGUUUGUAGAGUUAUUGGACCUGGCCCUGGAUCACCUGGAAAAUUACUUGGAAAAACUCAAUGAAAAGGAUAACAACUUUUUGGGUAUCGAAGAGGAUGAAGAGGGCUAUCAAUUGGCCAGCAUUGUAAACCACAUUGUACGCCAUGCCUUAGCCUUUGCAAACGUUGCUAUUAAUUCGGACAAGAAGGCUCUAUCAGCACUUUGUGAGACUUUACUCAGCGAAUGUGCCAUAUUCCACGAGGACGCAGGAGAUCCCAAUAACGGUCACCGCAAGCUGGAAGCCCUUUCCUUGGAGCGGGCUAUCUACUCUCUGGAAUCCUUUCUUAACGAGGCCCUUUUGCACCUACUUUUUGCCAGUUGGAUUGAAUUAGAAAAUAACCCGGUUAGCAAACUUAAAGCUGUACUGAAAACUGAUUCUGAUGAUGCUCAGGAACUUAUCUCUGCAUUCGACACUAACAUGGAUCGUAUUCAGCAAAUUGGAGUACUGGCCAUAGCAUUCUCGCAGAACAUUAAAACUAAGACCAUCGUCAGGAGUUGCUUGGCUUCGCUUGAGUCCCUGGAUGCCUGCAUUGUUCCAGCCCUCCAGGUGCCCCAUUCCACUGCAUCUGAAAAAUACGCCGAUAUACUAGAACAGCAUUUCAACGAAGAGCUCCUGAUAUUCAAAAACGUAAUCCACGAAAUAAUUGACAGUUGCUCGUUGAUCAACAAUUUUUUGGAUAUGUUAGGUGAAAGUGUCCACAUCCAGGAGAAGAGUCACAUCAAAUUUAUAAUACAAAUGGGAAAUGUUUUGGUGGAGCACUUUCGGUUACCCGUUAAUUACGGUGGACUUAGUGAAGAUGGAAAGCGGGUUUACAACGACUUUAUCGUAAUUCUGCGAGAAUGCCAUGCGAUCGUAAACCUAGCAAUUCCUGUGGAUCCGAAGCGGAUAGUAAAGCGCCUAAAGAUUUUAUAUUCUGUUUUGGCAAAGCUUAGGGAUAUUAUAAGCAAAGACAAUCAGGAUGCGGACGAAUCCUUAGUAUCUCAAAAACGAAUUGCUGUCAAUGCCACCAGAACCAUUUCCCGGAAGAGUAGAUCCCACUCAAAAAGGCAGAGAACGUAUGUAAAACCGAAAAAGAAAACUGAAACUUUUAUUCAAGAGGAAAGCUUAGCGGAGUCCAAAUGGAAUGAAAGCGAUCUAAUUAGUUUUCAAAUAACUGAAAUUCUAAAACUAAACUAAGGAUGACAGCACACAUUUCAAAUUAGCAU